UGAAUGGCUUAGUAUCGACAAUUAAAUGAUGGAUAGUAGAACUUCACAUAGCCUACAAAUCCUCAAAUUGUUGCGGGUUUCUAAAUUCUUAGACAAAGUGUGGAUUUAGGAAUGUAGUAAAGUGAAUCAGCUCGUAAAAGCUCUAUGAAAGCAUAAGCAUUAGUUUCAAGACAAAGUCAGAUGCUUAACCAGAUGAAGGUAAGCUAUAUAAUUAUAUUCCUAGGAAUAAAAAAUUAUGGUAAAGGAUGUUGUAGUACCUGUGGAUGCCCCUACUAAUACAAAACAAGAUGUCCUUAAAAAGGCUUAAAAUAAAGGAGAAGAGUACAGGAACAUGGAUGAACAUAAGAUAGAUGUAAUGAUUUUAGCAAACAGGUAAUUUAAUGAUAUAAUAUUAUAUAGAUUGGGAACAAGUAAAGAUGAAGGGUUAUCUGAUGACUAAGCUGUGUAAAAGAAUCUUUAAUUUGGUGAUAAUAAAUUAUCAGAAAAAGCGAAGACUCCAUGGUGGAUUAAAUUGAUAAAAGAGAUGGUUUAGCCAUUUUCUAUUUUACUUUGGAUAGCAUCAUUUGCAUGUUUUGCUUUAUAUGGUGUAAAUCCAGAAGCUUUAGGAGCGAAGUCUAACUUAUGGUUGGGUAUGAAAAAAGAUCUAAUUUUUAGCAAUUAUUCUAAUAGCAAUUAUUUUAUUAACAGGGUCAAUUACUUACAAUUAAUCUGCUAAGGCUGAUGCUUUAAUGGAAGGCUUUAAGAAUUUUUUGCCAUCAAAUUGUAUAGUAAUUAGAGGUGGUCAAAGGAAGUAGGUUCCGGCUGAAAAAAUAGUACCUGGAGAUAUAGUGGAAGUGAAGAUGGGUGACAAGAUACCAGCUGAUAUUAGAAUUAUAUAAUCUAGAGAGAUGAAAGUAGAUAAUUCUGCUUUGACAGGAGAAUGUGAUCCAUUAUUAAGAGUGACUGAAUGUACAAGUGAGAAUCCUUUAGAAACUAAGAACUUGGCAUUUUUUGGAACAUUAUGUAAAGAAGGAUCAGGAUUAGGAAUGGUUAUAUAAAUAGGUGAUAAAACAGUAAUGGGUUAGAUAGCAGAUUUAGCAACAGGAGGAGAAACACCAGAAACACCAUUAAAUAUUGAGUUGAAGAGAUUCGUUAUUUUGAUUUCUUUUAUUGCUGUUAGUUUGGGUAUAUUAUUUUUGAUUCUUUCAUUGGUUGUUGAAAAAGCAACAGUGGAUUAGGCUGUUGGAUAAGCUAUUGGUAUUAUUGUUGCAAAUGUGCCUGAAGGAUUAUUGGGAUGUAUUACAGUUUCUUUGGCUAUUACAGCAAAAAGAUUGGCAGAUAAGUAAGUGCUAGUUAAAAAUUUGGAAGCUGUUGAAACUCUUGGAUCAACAAGUUGCAUUUGUUCAGAUAAAACAGGAACUUUGACUUAAAAUAAGAUGAGUGUUGAAAAUGUAUGGUAUGAUGGAUUAAAGAGGAAAGCAUUAAAUAAAUUGAUAGCAGGAAAGAAUGCUGAAUAUGAAUAUGAAACUAGUGAUCCAACAUUUAGAGAUUUACAUGAUUGUGCUAUCAUUACAAGUGAAGCUAAAUUUAAUAUUUAAACUAAAGAAAAAUAAAAUAUCAAUUGGUUAGAUACUCCAACUAUUGGAGAUGCAUCUGAAACUGCUUUGAUUAAAUUCUUUUAACCAAUUGAAGAUAUUGAAUUAACAAGACAAAGAAGAUAAUUUGCUGAAUUACCAGAUAAAUCAUUAGCUAAGAUGCCAUUUAAUUCAACCAAUAAGUUUUCUCUUUGUAUUGUAAAUUGGGAAACUCAUGAUUCCUACUAUUGUGUUUAUAUUAAGGGAGCUCCUGAAAAAUUAUGGACAUUUUGCAGUUAUCUUUUAGUUGAAGGUAGAAAUCAACCCAUUGAUGAAUAAAUUACUUAAAAAUUCAAAUAAGUUAAUUUAACUUUUGGUAAAGGUGGAGAAAGAGUUUUAGGAUUUGCAAAAUUACACUUACCAAGAGCUGAAUAUCAUAAAGGAUAUUAAUUUAAUUUAAAUUCUGUUGAUACACUUAAAUUUAGAUUAGAAGGAUUUACUUUCUUGGGUUUGUUAUCAUUGAUGGAUCCUCCAAAAGUUACAGUUCCUCAAGCUAUUAGAAAAUGUUAAUCUGCUGGUAUUAAGGUUAUUAUGGUUACUGGAGAUCAACCACCUACUGCAGGUGCAAUCGCUAAAUAAAUUGGUAUUAUCACUGGUAAGACAGUUGAUGAUCUUUUGGAUGAGAAUCCAUCUAUGUCAUAUGAGGAUGCUUUUAGACUUGCUCCAGCCAUUGUUAUUCAUGGUGAUCUAAUUGUUUAAGCACUUGAAGAGGAAGCAUCUUAAGGAGAAAAUUUACCUGAAGAAUUGAAAGACAGAAAGCUCAGAAGUUGGUGCAGUAAACCUCAAGUUGUAUUUGCUCGUACAUCUCCAGCAUAAAAAUUAAUGAUUGUUAGAGCUUGUUAAUAUUUGGGUCAUGUAGUAGGAGUUACAGGAGAUGGUGUCAAUGAUUCACCAGCAAUCAAAUAAGGUGAUAUUGGUAUUUCAAUGGGUAUCAGUGGAUCUGAUGUUACUAAAGAUGCUGCAGAUAUGAUUUUAUUGAAUGAUGACUUUGCUUCAAUUGUUGAUGGUGUAGAAGAAGGAAGAAAGAUUUUUGAUAAUCUUAAAAAAACUAUUGUCUAUCUUCUUACAUCUAAUAUUACUGAAGUGUUCCCAUACGUAGGUGAAAUUGCUAUUGGUUUACCACUUCCAUUAAGUAAUGCCUUUAUUCUCACUAUUUGUAUUGGUACUGAUAUUUUACCUGCUAUUUCAUUUGCUUAUGAAGAAGCUGAAAUUGAUAUUAUGACACGUAAACCAAGAAAGAAGGAUGAUCAUUUAGUAUCUCUUAGAUUAAUCACACAUGCUUAUCUAUUAUAAGGAGUCAUAGCCACAUCUGCAGGAUUCUUUAGUUAUUUUAGUACAAUGAAUGAAUAUGGAUUCCCUCCACAUUUACUUCUUAGUUUUAUGGGUUCACCAUAUUAAUAGAUUCCUUGGGCUCCUAUCACACUUGCAAACGGAUAAAAAUAUUCUCCACCUCCUACAAGUUGGGUUUGGGAUAUGCCUAAUAUGAACAAGUAUUUAAUUAAUAUAUAUAUCAAUUAGUCCAUUUUUAACAACUCAACCUUAUAGUCCUAAUUGGUAAAUGGCACCAGUUUUGAUUCCAGGAUUAGAUAAAGAUGGUAAUUAUUCAACUAAAGAUACAAUUGGAUUUUAAGAUACUCCUUUGAAUUGGAUAAAUCCAGAAAUUAUCUAUUAUGAUUUAAGAUACAUCUUCGUUUCUUAUAAUGCUACCGCAAAUAGAUGGUUCCCUACAUUUAAUGAAUGGGAUAACCAAUUUUCUGAUCAAUUAUGCAGAUACUUUGAUAGAUCAGAUUCACUUCUUGAAGGAUCUGGAUAUCCAAUCAAUACAAAUGCUUGUUUCAAAACUGCAGCACUUAAAUAUGCUUAAACCUCUUACUUUGUUGCUGUUGUAUUAGUCUAAUGGUCUAAUGUAUUUUCAUGCAAAUGUAAAUUCUUAUCUUAUAUCUUUAGAACGUAAAAUGUCAGUUAUUUAUUCACCUAUUAACACUGUCAUGUUUUAUGGAGUUAUUCUUGAAACUAUUAUUUUCAUUUGCAUUGUCUACAUUCCAGGAGUCAAUACUUGGUUUGGUGCUAGACCAGUCGAUAUACUGAAUUUAGGGUAUUAAAUAAUUUGUUAAUUUUUUAUAGUAUGCCUGGUCUCCCAUAUUCAAUGUGUCUAUUUUGUUGGGAAGAAAUGCGUAAAUACUUUAUUAGAAACUUCUAAAAGCCCAGCAAAUAUGAACCAAAUUUCUUUGAAGCAAAUUCACUAUGGUGAGU